AUGAAAUCCUGGCGCGAUAAGCUGGAGAAGUCGCUGAAGCAGCAAGUGCAACAGCAGGUGCAGCAGGCGGUGCAGCAGGCGCCCAGCGGCGCCAACAUGCUGGCGGCGGUGACGGCGGCGGCGGGCGGCACGGCCCCCGCCUCCUCCCUGCCGGCGCCAGCAGCGCCUAAGGAGGAGCAGCAGCAGCAGGGCGCCGAGCAGCAGCAGUACCUGCGGCUACCGGUGGAGAGCGCCAAGCGGCUGCGCUGGUUUGACCGUCAGGACAUCAACAUGCUCAUGCAGGUGCACCUGCGGGAGAAGCAGGAGCUGUUCGAGGCCAACAACGCGCUGCGGCAGGCGCUGCGGCGGCAGGGCGUGGGCGACGCGGCGCUGGAGGCUGAGCUGGCGCUGAUCAACCGCCAGGUGGACGCCAUGCGGGCGCAGGAGGGGGGCGUCAACCAAGUGCUGGUGCUGGCGGCGCAGGCUGAGCUGGAGCACUUGAAGGAGGCUCUGGAUUCAGCCCACCACGAGCUGCACCACAUGCGGCGGCAGCGCCUGCAGGCAGCCAGCUCCGGCGGCCUUGCCGGGCCGGCGGCGGCGGCGGCCCAGGCGACGGCGCCUCAGCAGGCGCCAGGCGAGCGCGUGUCCCUUCGCCUGAGCUGCACAGAGGAAGGCGUUGCAGUCAGGCUGGCGGUGCAGCCAGAGGCCGGCGCCGGCGCGGCAGGCGGCGGCGGACAGGGAGGCGCGGCGCUGCCCGCGGCGCUGGCAGCCCUGGUGCAGGCAGCCGGCGGCGGCGGCGGCGGCGGCGGCGGCGUGGAGCCUCAGCUGCUGCAGCAGGCGGCGGCGGCGCUGGCACAGCUUGCGGCCGCGCAGGGGGUGGCGCUGCCCGGGUUGCCGGGGUCGGCAGGGCACGGCGACGGCGGCGUCGCGUCGCCGACGGCGGCGGGCGAGGCGUCGCUGGCUGGCGCCAGCUGGCGGGAGCAGUGCACCACGCUGCAGCUGCAGGUGGGGCGCCUGCAGGCUGAGCUGGCGCAGGCAGAGCAGGACGCCUCUUUUGCUCGCGACUCUGCCGAACGAAAGGCGCAGGAGAUGCGCAAUCGCUUCCAGGAGGCGCAGCAGCGGCAGGGCGACCUUCUUCGGGUGGCUCAGGACAGCAGGCUGGAUGCGGAGUCGCGGUGCGAGGCCGCGGAGCGCAAGCUGCAGCUGGCUGAGGCGAGGGCGGGGCGGCUGGAGGGAGAGGUCAAAGACUUGAAGGCGGAGGUGCGGCGCGCGCACCAGGACACGAGGCUGCGGGAGAAGGAGGCGGCGGAUGCGGCGGCGCGCGCGGCGGCGGCCGAGGCGGCGGUGCAUCGCGCCAAGGGCGUCGCCGAGUCGGAUGCCAAGUCUCUCGAGGUGGUGGCGCAGCACCGGGCGCGCAUCGCGGAGCUGGAGGCGGCGGCGGCGCAGCACUCGCGCCAGCUGGCGGCGGCCCACCAGCAGCACGAGGCGCUGGAGGCGCAGCUGGCGGCGGCGCAGCUGGCGGCGGCGCGCGCGGCGGCCGAGGUGCAUGAGAUGGAGGAGGCGGUACACGAGCGGGACGCCAUGGCGGUACGCCUGUCCAUGCUGGAGGCGCGGCUGGACGACUCGCGCAUGCAGCACGGCCAGGCCGAGUCGUACCGCACACUGGCGCAGCAGAGCGAGGAGAAGCGGGCGAGGGCGGAGGACGAGCUGCUGACCACCGCAAGGCUGGCAUCCAGCCUCGAGUCGCGGCUGGCGGCGGCGGCGCGGGACAACGAGGCGCUGCGGCUGGAGGUGCAGGCCGCCGCGGCCCGCGUCAUUGCCGCGCAGCAGUCGGUCGCGCGGCUGGUGCAGGAGCGGUGGGAGGCGGCGGGGACCGACCGUGCGGCGUGGCCGCUGGCGGCGCAGGAGGAGAUUGAGAAUGUGGAGGCUCGCCUGGCCGCCAUGCACUCCGCGCUGAGGGAGGCGCAGGCGCAGCUGGGAGAGGUGCAGGCGGCGGCGGAGGCGCACCGCGCGGCGCGCGCCGCCGCCGAGCGCGCCGCCGCCUCGGCGCAGGACCGGCUGGAGCGGCAGCAGCGCGAGGCGGAGCAGCGGCUGCAGCGGCUGGAGGCCGCUGCCUCGGCGGCCUCGGUGCAGCUGGCGGAGUUCCGGGCGGCGCUGGCGGCAGCGGAGCGGGAGCGGGAUGCUCUGGCGGCAGAGAAGCGAGAGCGGGAGCGCGCGGGGCGGGAGGCGGCGGCUGCGGUGGCCGGCGCGCGGCGCCGCGCGGGCUCCGGCGCGCUGCCCGCGGCAGAGCCGGGGGCCGCGGGGCCGCUGCCCUCCCCCGGCGGCGGCCUGCUGUCGCCCGGGGGGCCCAACGGCGACGCGCCGCCGUCGCCGCUGCCGGCGGUGAAGCAGCGGGACGUGCUGGAAACGACAGACCUGCUGUACCUCAAAAACGUGAUGCUCAAGUUUAUUGAUGCGCACAUCAGUGGGCGCAGCCAGGAGUGCGAGGUGCUGCUGCCGGCUGUGGCCACGUUGCUGCGGGCUAGCCCUGCAGAGUAUCGGGUGCUGCGUGCCCACAUCAGGUCUGGAGCCAGCUGGCUGCCCUCCCUCUCGCUGUCAUAG